CUCUAGAUGUCUUAAGUUUUAAACCUAACUCAAGGGGGUCUUUUCAUAGGGGUGGGUUGCCUCCUUGAAGUUGUUCUUUGGUGAGUCAGGUAGAAGUGUGCAUAUAUGGACUUUAGUUUUAAAAAAAAUAGUUGUAUAUAUAAUAAUAUUUAUUGAGAUGCUAUUUGUUAGAAUUUAGGUAGGCUUCCUUUAAAUUUUGUCCGAUGAUUAUCAUGUGUUUAGUUUAGGGGAAAGGAAGAGUAGAGAAAAUGGGUUAUUUUAGGUGUCCACUACUCUUAAUCUUAUUGUUGUUAUGUUUGGCGAACAUCAUAACCGGUGUUCCUCUUGUGCCGGCGCUAUGCAUCUUCGGGGACUCUGUAACGGACGUCGGCAACAACAAUUACGUCACCACUUUGCUCAGAGCAAACUUUUUUCCUUACGGAAGAGAUUUUGUAACUCACAAACCUACCGGCAGGUUUUGCAAUGGAAAAUUAGCAGCAGAUUACACAGCUGAGUACCUAGGAUUUGAUACAUACCCGCCGCCUUACUUGAGUCCGGCCAACGACACACUUCUCCUAACGGGUGCCAAUUUUGCCUCUGCGGGGUCGGGUUUUUAUGACACUACGUCACACUUAUAUCAAGCGAUUACGUUAUCAGAGCAGGUUUCAUACUACCGGGAGUGGCAAAACCAAGUGGUGAGGAUUGCGGGAAACGAGAGAGCAAAUACCAUAUUUUCUGGCGGAAUUCAUAUACUAAGUGCAGGAAGCAGUGAUUUCCUCCUGAAUUACUACAUCAACCCUUUGUUGAAUGCAUUAUAUACCCCUUCACAGUUUUCGGAUAUGCUUUUGAGAUCCUACUCCAUCUUCAUACAGGAUCUCUACGGCUUAGGAGUAAGAAGGAUCGGAGUUACAACACUACCACCAAUUGGAUGUUUGCCGGCAGCCAUCACGUUAUUUGGUUUUGGAAGUAGUAACUGCAUUUUGAGACUAAACCGUGACGCCAUGAUGUUUAACAAUAAACUAAACACUACGUCUCAAAAACUAAUAGCAAGAUAUCCGGACCUCAAACAUGUGGUGUUUGACAUCUACCAACCUCUUCUUGAUAUGAUCCAACAACCUAGUGAUAAUGGUUUUCUUGAGUCAAAAAGAGGUUGUUGUGGAACUGGUACAAUUGAGACUUCUUUGUUAUGCAAUGCUAUGUCGAUAGGUACAUGCUCAAAUGCAACUGGCUAUGUGUUUUGGGAUGGAUUUCAUCCAUCUGAAGCUGCAAACCAGAUCAUGUCACAAAAUCUGCUAAGGCAAGGAAUAAAUUUAAUUUCAUAGAACGGUUACGUUUGGGAGUUAUAAUAUAUAUGUUUGUCUUCCGUAUUAAGAGUUAAAGAAGUAGAAUAUGUUGGUUUUUAUUUCUUUUAUUGUAAAUAAAUAUCCAACUUAUAACAUUCAAGGGAUGGUGCACAUAUAAGUGUCUAAACCUUUGUAGUAGAGCUCUUAUGAUCAAA